AUGUCUAUUUUCAAAGAGGCAAAAGGCCGAACGCUAUACCGCAUGAUGAGUAUAUCCUCUUCUCUUGCGUUCUGUAUGUAUGGAUACGACUCCGGCGUUCUCGGUGGACUCCAAGAGACGGAUGCAUACUUGAAAGCACUACAGUAUCCCAAGGGGUCAUAUAUCAUACCUAUAAUUGCUUCCUCCUACACCCUGGCAGCAGCGGUGGGCUCACUGACUGUGAUGAUGUUUGGAAUGGUGCUUGGACGCCGAUAUUGCAUUGUCCUUGGUAACGUUUGCGCCAUUAUCGGUGCAGUUCUCCAAGCAUAUUCUUGGUCUGUACCUCAGAUGAUUGUAGGGCGUGUGGGAUUCGGUCUGGGGUAUAUCUCAUGCACCGUGCCGACUUAUAUGGUCGAGAUGAGUAUAGAUUCAAAAGCGCGUGGACCAGAAGUCGCUAUUCAAUGCGCCGUCCUUAUCUCAGGCAUUGCGCUCGCGUACUGGGUUGACUUUGGCUUCACUCGCAUGGACAAUCAAAUUUCCUGGAGAAUUCCCAUUGGUCUCCAGGCAGCUUUCGCUAUAAUGUCGAUCUCUGGAAUGCUUCUGCUCCCAGAUACACCUCGAUGGUAUUAUGCGACAAACCGAACAGAACAGGGCGAUAAUGUUCUUGCCCGUCUACAUGGGCUACCGCUGGAUGACCAUCGAGUACAGGCGCAGAAAGAAGAAAUCCAAGCAUCGAUCAGACUUGAAGAAAGUGAAAAGUCCAAGUUCAACAUGAGUCUACUCCUGUGGGACACAACCGAUCUUCGAAUCGGGCGACGUAUUCGUAUCGCGUUUCUGAUGUUAUCAAUCAAGCAGAUGAUGGGAAUCAACAUGAUGGUCUACUACAGUCCUACGAUAUUUGCCCAAGUUGGCUUAUUGCCCUUCCUCUCGCAAGUGCUCGCCGCAGUUAUGAUGACUAUCUAUGCCUUUGGAACAUAUCUCCUACCAAGCACUAUCGAGCGGUUGGGGCGCAGAUCUAUUCUCUUAUGGUCGGCGAUAGCUUGUACCAUCUUGAUGCUCAUAUUUGUCGUCAUGAUUGGAUUGGAGAAUCGCACCCUCGCCACCCAGUGGACAGCAGUCGCAGCCGUGAUCUCGUUCAUGUUUGUGUUUGGAUAUAGUUGGAUUGGCAUCACAUGGCUUUACACUGCUGAGAUCGCUCCUUUGAAGUACAGACAUGUUGGCGCCGCUGCCGGCGCAUUUGGAGAAUGGACUUUCUCCUUCAUCACCAUAUUCGGAGGUGGAACUGCAAUCACGAACGUUGGCUGGAAAAUCUAUAUCUGGCAGCUUCUUUCCUGCGCAACGGCUGUAGUCUUUAUAUACUUUAUGUGCCCUGAGACAAAUGGCAAGACGCUCGAGGAGAUUGAUCUCUUGUUCGCCGUUGAUUCCGUUCGGAACACCAUCCUUUCUGAUCAGAUUAUACACGAUCACAAAGGCGAAGCCACUAGUGAAAGGAUAGAGCGGGUGGCCUAG